AUGUGUGUCAACGAUUCAACGACAUCGUGGACACUUAUUAUCGAUAUCAAAGAUGUUACGGCACAAUAUUUAGGUGAUGCAUUACAACACAAUGCAUCAUUAACUACACUAAAUCUUCAAUAUAAUCAAAUUGGAGAUGUUGGAGCCCAACGUUUAGCUGAUGCAUUACAGCACAAUACAACACUCAUCACCCUAGAUUUCUGUCACAAUAAAAUCGGAGAUGUUGGAGCACGAUCUCUGGGUAGUGCAUUACAAUGCAACACAACACUCACCACAUUAAAUAUCUGGUGCAAUCAAAUCGGAGAUAUUGGCACACAACAUUUAGCUGAUGCAUUACAACGCAACACAACACUCACCACACUAUGUCUUUCGAACAAUCAUAUCGGAGAUGUUGGAGUACAACAUUUAGCUGAUACAUUACAACACAAUACAUCAUUAACUACACUAAAUCUCCAAUAUAAUCAAAUUGGAGAUGUUGGAGCCCAACGUUUAGCUGAUGCAUUACAACACAACACAACACUCACAAAACUAAAUCUCUCGCAUAAUCAAAUCGGAGAUGUUGGAGUGCAAUAUUUGGUUGAAGCAUUACAGCACAACACGUUUAUCAUUCUCAUAGUUCAAAUAAAAUCUCAAAUAUGCGAGAAUGUUGCUCAGUAUGAUCGAUGCUCGACAAAUAGUGCCUGUGGUUGUUUUCACCGGGUAGGAACUAGUGAUGAUACUGGCGUCUGUGGCUUUCUUUGGCCAACAUGUUCUCAUCUCGUACCGUGUAAUGCUUCAACCAAUUCAUGUGCUCAACUCAAUACAGUCUGUGUUCAACAUCCUCGAUGUCAUGAACUACCUCUCUGUUAUCCAAUUGCACUGAGUAAACAAAAUAUCUGUCCACCAAAGACAAAUAAGAUCAGUUUUAAAUGGAAACAAAAUGCCAUCACUGUGGCUGGUGGAAAUGGAUACGGAGAAGAAUUAGAUCAACUCAAUCGCCCUUUUGGGAUCUUUAUUGAUAAAAAGAAGAAUAUUUUCAUUGCCGAUGUUGAGAAUCAUCGUAUUGUUGAAUGGAAAUAUAAUGCAAAGGAAGGACAAAUCAUUGCAGGUGGAAAUGGACAAGGAAAUCGAAUGAAUCAAUUGAAUUAUCCAACAGAUGUGAUUGUUGAUCAACAAGACCAUUCGGUCAUCAUUGCUGAUUGGGGAAACAAACGAGUGAUUCAAUGGUUGAAUCAAAAUCAACAAAUUCUCAUUGACAAUAUUGACUGCUAUGGCUUGGCAAUGGAUAAAUAUGGAUUUCUUUUUGUUUCUGAUUGGAUUAGGAAUGAAGUGAGACGAUGGAAAAUUAUUCCUACUUUUAUCUUUGUUGAUGAAGAUCAAUCUGUUUAUGUAACAGAUGCAGGUAAUCAUCGUGUGAUGAAAUGGAGAAAAGAUGCAAAAGAAGGAAUUGUUGUGGCCGGAGGAAAUGGUUAUGGAGGAAAUCUCAGUCAAUUGUUAUCACCUCAAGGAAUAAUUGUGGAUGAUUUGGGUCAAAUCUAUGUGACAGAUGGUGGAAAUCAUCGGGUGAUGCGUUGGUGUGAAGGAAAAGAAGAAGGUGAAAUUGUUGUCGGUGGAAAUGGAGGAGGAAUUCAAUCAAAUCAAUUGAAUGAUCCCAUAGGUUUAUCUUUUGACAACGAAGGAAACCUUUAUGUUGCUGAUCAUUUUAAUUAUCGAAUUCAAAGAUUUGAAAUAAUUUUGUGA